AUAUAUAUACGUACAUACAAAAGUAUAAUGAAUUGAUGGGGAUGCAUAACGGACACUGUUACUGACUUCGGUUUAACACUUAAAGAAAUAAGCCUUGGUAUUGUGACUUGUUUAUAUAAAGUGACUUGUUUAUCUGGCAAUGGUAACCCAUUUUAAUCUGCCAUAUUUCUGUGUGAAGCUAGGUAUGCUCCUAGAAAAAAAAUUCUGGCGGUGUCUGCUUUUCUGUAAGGACCUUUAUCCAAGUGGGACUUUUAGUGAAGUGGGUGUUAAAAUUACAUAGCAAAAUGAAGCCAGAUAGUUAAAGGGGAGGGAUUUAGAAAUGGUGUGUUAGGGGAAAUUAUUACAUUUUACUGAAUGAUUACAGAGAAAAAACAUUUCUUUUUUGGGAGUAACAUGCAAAACAAUUUUUUUUCACAAGACGAAGAAUGUGUAUUCAGAAAGUACAAAUGGUCCAUUCUAAUUUCAUGUUGACUUUAAGACUUGUGUUUGUUACCUUCAAAUCCUUUGAAAGGUGUGACAGGAUGUUUCGCUUGUGGAAGUGAUUUAUGGUCCAUGACAAAUGGCACCAGCAAGGUUUUGAGUAGAACAUUGGUGUGAGAUUUCCAGGAUCUGACUUAUUUUUCACAUUUUACUGUUCUCUUUGGCUUUAGUACAGUAUUUUGUUUCUUGUAUGUAAUAAUGUAUGCCUUAACUCAACUGUACCAAUAUACCAUGUCUCGAAUAGCCUACAGAAAAUGUUAUUUCCUCUCAUGCAAACUGUGUUCGUCCACCUUGGAUGAGUUUGUGAUCAUAUUUGCUGACAUAAAUGUUAAUGUUUCGUUUAUCUAGUAAUAUGCAGCUCCUCUUCUUCGCUCACUGGCCUAAUGUCUGCACCUCUCCAACCAGUCGAGCUGAAUGCAUUAUCUGACACAGGUCGUGAUGAACUCUGACCACAGCAUGAACUGUGUGGGAAGCACACUGGUAUCUAAACACAUUAAAGUGGCAUAAACUUAAAAGGAGUUAAAUAAACAUUAGCGUAACGCUUUAUUAAAUUAGUCGUUCAGCUGAGAGAGUAGAUGGCCUGCUUUUCUGAAGGGGCGUGUUCUUACCAUCUCGACUGAGAGCUCCGCUCUGCCUCUGUUUCUGGCGAGCUGCUAACUAUCCAGGCAGGCAGCGACGGUUGUAGUAGUCGAAGCUGAAAAUAGCCAGCUAGCUUUGCUUCUCCCGUCUAAAUCUAACUCAGCCUCGACGAUAAGUUAAAAUACUGGACAUGAAUCCAUAUUCAUGAAUGCGCAGAAGAGAUUUCCUGGAGGAAACUAUGGAAGACUGAGAGACGGGAGACAUUUUAUCGGCGAAUUUUUACCGGCUUUUCGGCCAAGCCACCAGCUUAAACUGCCUUCGCAAAAAAGCAUCUGCCUCUCCACGGAAGUCGUGGUUGGAAAAUACGGUAAAUUUUCGGGUUUUGAAUGUGUAUUAUGUUUGACCCCAGUUGAAGUUUUGGGAUCAAUGUCAACGGUCGCUUUGCUCAGCUGGUUGUUUGGAUACCGCACGCGGGGUUUCUGUGCUGGUUACCCGGGCUAGAGCGGCUAACUAGCCCGCCAGCUUUAGCAGCCUCGGCGUUUCGAUCUCUUCAGAGUUUACCGGUCAAGGUACAAAGGGGCAGCGUGGUGUGAGUCCCCAUGAGAAAACCACGACGGAGGGGAGGCCUGCCCGGGGCCCAAAGUGAUGCCGCGGACACAGGUACAGCUGGUAGAGGGGCGUCACAGCCACGCUCGCUCUCUCCCUACCGGCUGAAGGUUUCACCCACCAGAGAAACCCUAACGUACGCCCAGGCUCAGAAGAUUGUGGAGGUGGAUCUGGAUGGAAGACUGCAUCGGAUCAGCAUCUUCGACCCCUUGAUGGUGAUCACUGAAGAUGAAAUGACAGCUCAGGACAUUGCUGAGUGCAAUAGCAACAAAGAGAACAGCGAGCAGUCAUCGGCGACCACCGCUGUCAGCUCCCCGCGACGAUCGGGAGCCCAUAAGGGGAAAAAGAAAGACGUGAAGCAGUUGUCAUCGUCUUCAUCACAGAACCACAGCUCCAACUGUGGACAGUCUCAGAUGAAUUCAAGCGUGAACAGCCACCAUGGCACCUUACCCAAACCCACUUUCAGAGAACAAGAGUCUUAUGAACCAGUCGAGGCGCCUCCUCGCCCUUCUGCAUAUUACCGUUACAUUGAGAAGUCCGGUGAAGAGAUGGAAACGGAUGCAGAGUAUGACAUGGACGAGGAGGACGUGGCCUGGUUGGAGCUGGUAAACGAAAGACGAGCGUUGGAAAGCCAUCCGCAAGUGUCACCCGACACUUUCGAAAUCCUUAUAGAUCGCCUAGAAAAGGAGUCGUUCUUAGAGUUGCGAAGCCAAGCGCCCUCACAGAGUAUCAUUGACGAAGACGCCUUCUGUUGCGUCUGCCUCGACGAUGAAUGUCUCAACAGUAACGUCAUCCUGUUUUGUGACAUCUGCAACCUGGCGGUGCACCAGGAGUGUUACGGCGUUCCCUACAUCCCUGAGGGCCAGUGGCUCUGCCGCUGUUGCCUGCAGUCGCCCUCUCACCCCGUGGACUGCGUGCUUUGCCCAAAUCGGGGCGGAGCGUUUAAACAGACCAGCGACGGGCGAUGGGCACAUGUGGUCUGUGCUAUUUGGAUCCCGGAGGUGUGUUUCGCCAACACAGUUUUCCUUGAGCCCAUCGAGGGCGUAGACAACAUUCCACCUGCUAGGUGGAAGCUAACAUGUUACCUGUGCAAGCAGAAAGGUUGCGGAGCAUCCAUUCAGUGCCACAAGGCCAACUGUUACACGGCUUUCCAUGUAACCUGUGCGCAGAGAGCAGGACUCUUUAUGAAAAUAGAGCCGGUCAGAGAGACUACUGUGAAUGGGACUACGUUUUCAGUGAAAAAGACUGCAUUUUGUGAGGCGCACUCUCCGCCUGCGAAGGACGGGUCGGAUGAUGAAGAGACUGGGGGGAGAGUUUUGGGGUGUCGGGCUAACAGGGGUCGCAGUGCCUACACACAAACGCCACAGCUUAAGAAGCAGAAACGAAGCAAUAAACUGGAUUCUAAGCAGCAGCAGAAGAAAGGAAUGAAAGAAGAGGUGUCAAAGAAAGUCACAACGCCUUUGAUCACUGUCCCAGAAAUACCUACUCACAGAUUGAACAAAAUUUCUAAAGAUGUGAUCAUACAGAAGAAGAAUCAGUUCAUGCAGAGACUUCACAACUAUUGGUUGCUUAAGCGUCAGUCACGCAACGGAGUGCCUCUCAUUCGUCGUUUACAUUCACAUCUGCAGGGUCAGAGAAGUGUAGAACAGGUGGAGCCAGAUGAAAAGCUGAAUGCUGUGAGAGAAGAGCUGAAAUACUGGCAGAAGCUUCGUCACGAUCUGGAGCGAGCACGACUCCUGAUCGAGCUUAUUCGCAAGAGAGAGAAACUGAAGAGAGAUCAGGUAAAGAUUCAGCAAGCUGUGACUGAGCAUCAGUUAACUCCGGUCCUGGUACUGCUGCGAUCCACUUUAGAACAGCUUCAGGAGAAAGAUACUGCAAAAAUAUUUGCAAAGCCUGUCAACUUGAAAGAGGUCCCAGAUUACCUGGAGUUUAUCAUGCACCCCAUGGACUUCUCCACCAUAAAAUCCAAAUUGGAGGCUCACAAAUAUCGCUCCGUCACUGACCUUGAGGCUGAUUUCAACCUCAUGAUCAAUAACUGCCUGCUUUAUAAUGCUAAAGACACUGUGUUUUACCAAGCUGCAAUACGCCUGAGGGACCUAGGGGGCGCUAUCCUGAGGCACGCUCAGAGACAAGCCCAAAACACAGGCUUCAACCUGGACACGGGCAUGCACCUGGCAGAAUCACCACAUAAAAAUGACUACUACCGCUGCACUUUGGAAGAUGUCGACACGCUGCUAGACCCUGAUAAUCGAUUGCACAUGACGACGGAAAACCAGUUGAGGGAGCUGCUAGAUAAAUUAGAUGUGGUGACGUCCAUGCGCUCGAGUGGUGCACGCACACGCCGUAUACGCCUGCUCCGCCGAGAAAUCAACAACAUUCGCUAUAAGCAGCAGUCGCGGAACUCACACAUGCUCAAUGGAGACCUCAAAGAAGAAGACGAGGAGGAGGAUGAAGACAAGAUGGAUGGUGAACAUAACCUGUCGUCAUCAUCAGAUAAAGAUGACUGUAAAUCAACCCCCCCACCCAUGCUGGAACCCACAGGCCUGGCUUUGUCCCCUCCACCAGCAGACACCCACCAAGAACCGCCAACCCUCCGACCCAUGACAUCCGACCCCAGGACAUCCCCAUGCACACCUAAGCGCCUCAAACUCAACAUUGAGAGCCAAGAGGCCUAUUCAGACACCACACCUGUGAACAGCUGCACCAAACCUGAGGACUGCUCGCCCGAGAACAAACUAAUCAAUGGCUUCUCCACCACAGAGUCACCGACCCGGCCUGCCACAGGAGGGGUCGGCCGGCGGACGUCCGUCCUUUUCAGAAAAGCAAAAAAUGGAGCAAAGCUCCAGCGUGAGAGAGACAAUCAGAUGCAGAACGGAAGCAGGGAGGAGGCCAUCAGCACUGACCCAGACCCUGCAUGCACACCCAACUGCACCGCCACCGUCAAGACUGAAACCUCAGCCCAGCCAAAACCUUCAACACCUCCGCCCAUAUCAACCCCGGGAAAACAGAGAGCAAGAAGCCACAGCUGCAGUCCAGAGCGUGAGAGAACACCCCCUCGACUCACUCUAGAGCCUGCUCUCACCAACGGAUUCAGAAAGCACAAAGAUGGCGGCUCUGACUCAGAAUGCAGCUCAUCUCCGACUCUCAGAGAACUUGUCUCGCCCCUUAAAAAGAGCAGAGGGAAACCUGCUUUGUCCAAAGUCCCUUUUUUAGAAACUGUUAACGGAGACUCUGACUACACUGGGACUGAUGUUCUGUCAAAUGGUGAUGUGCCUGAACCUGAACCUCUGGAUUUGGUGUGGGCCAAAAGCAGAGGAUAUCCGUCCUACCCUGCUCUGAUCAUAGAUCCAGACAUGCCUCAGGAGGGUCUUCUGCAUAAUGGAGUUCCCAUCCCUGUGCCUCCGCUUGACGUGCUGCGCCUUGGUGAACAGAGACAAGAAGAAGCCGGCGAGAAACUCUUCCUGGUUCUCUUCUUUGACAACAAACGCACCUGGCAGUGGCUGCCACGAGAUAAAGUGAUCCCUCUUGGCGUUGAUGACACGGCUGAUAAACUGCGUAUGAUGGAGGGCAAGAAAACCAGUAUCCGGAAGUCCGUGCAGGUGGCCUAUGACCGAGCUAUAAUCCACUUGAGCCGAGUUCGAGGAGAUCAUGGUUUUGUCGGCUCCAACUACAUGUAGAACAGAAACGCCAACCACAUCUGUCCUAACGUACCACUCACAUGGGCUUUCUAAGGAGGGCUGAGAGCCAUUUGGUUAGUGCACCAGGUACUAGACCCCUGAUCAUUCAGUUCAGUUUAGUUUAUCCAUGUGUUCAUGACACAACCCUCUCAGUCAUUUCAGAUUCAGGACAGGAAAGUACGGUGGCUUCUACAAAUAAUUUGUUUUUAUGAGGUGUCACUUUACGGUGAUGACGAGUCUAAACCACACAUAGACUCAGUUUUAGCGUUUGGGUAUGUUCAGAGCAAUUAAUUUCUGAAAAAUUUGUUUUAAAUGAAUGAACUUAAAGAAUAUAAACGUUUGAAUGCAUCACUGCCAUUUUCUUAAGAUAGCUUUUUACUUUUUAAAGUUUUAAAAACCACUUCUUGUAUAUUGUAAAGACACUUGUGUAUAUGUUUUUUUUUUAUCAUAUAGUAUCUAAUUUAAUUUUUUUUUUUUCUUGUUUAUUUUGAAAUAAAUUGCCUGGAGGAAUGAAGAAAUGAAGGUUGUGUAUAUACAUGUAAAAAGAUUUUCAGAGGAACGGACUUCCUAUGUAGUGUAUCCUGCUUGUCUUUGAUAGCGGAUGGUGUGAGUGUGUGCAUAUAUAUAUGUACAUUAACGGCAUACAAUUGUAUAUGUACCAACUCACGGUUGUCUGUGGUUAAAUAUAUAUUCUCAUUUUUGAUACAGAAAAGUAAUUUAUUUAUGGAUCGUAAAGAGAUAAAGGAAUUAAAUUAUAUUGGUUCAAGAUGGAAAGAAGAUCUCUUAUUUAAGAUGGUAAACUAUUGCAUAGGCUUUUGAGAUCUAACUUCACAUGUUCUUUCAGAUCCUGGUUCAGUUCUUUUUAAGGUUUCACGGUGAAAUGUUUGAAGGAUGGUGAUGACGACAUGUUGUACACCUGUUGUUAUUCCCUUUUCACCAUCAAGCACAGAACCUUGUAUUUAUUGUAGAAAGUUGUGGAGCUUUUGAUCACCGUUUAUAAGAUGGAACCUCUAAGAAAUUUUAAGCUUGUACAAACAGCAGAUUUUACCUACCCACCAAAUAACCAGUCUCAAACAGUAUUUUCUCAUACGGGGAAAUAAAUGUUCUAUUGAAACUCUA